CUCUCGGCAUGGCUCGGUCAGGCAGGAUUUUCGGGAGGCAGCCCCGGGCUGAGGAGCUGCCCGUCUUUUCCGUGACGGGAGCAGGACGGCGGCUGGGCGCUCGUGGGGACACUCCGGCAGUGCCCAUCUCGGUGCUGCGACCCCGGAGCCAGCCAAGCUGCCGCUAACACACGGGGCAAGGCCACCCAGAGGCACAUCCUGCAGAGCCAGUGCUGCCUGCCUUGGGGUCGGGGCAGUCCUGAGGGUCCGCAACUUCUCUGCUCAGGUUCAUGUUACAGAUGGCCAUGAACCAGCCCCCAGCAGCAACCCCGGCGCGGGUCUGCACUGGAGCUGGGACAGCCGAGCACUGGCAGAAGCUGGCAUAACACAGAUUGGGAGUCCCCAACAGCCCAGGCCCUCCCGGACAUUGCCGUUUGCACAUGUGUCCCUCGCACGGGGGGUGCCGGAGAUACCCACGGCUCUGGCUGCGUGUGCAGGACGCGGGGAGCGGUGUUUUCGGGGGGAAGAAGGCUUCGUGUCCAGCCUGGAGGUGGCCAGGCGAGCCGCUGCCUGUGCCGCUGCUGGCAGCCAGCCGGGCUCGGCGGGACACCGACCUGCAUCCUCCCCGACCGUCCGUUCCGCUGUCUCCUCCCAGCUGUGAGCACAAGGAGUGGCAGUUGGGGGCUAUAUAAAGGCAGGGAAACCUCAGCCAGCUCAAAAGAAAGUCUUGGAGCUGGUGGUGUUCUCCCUCCCUCCUGCCUUCACGUGAUUCAGCUUCCCCACGCCGGGAGCCAAGGACAAGCCUCGCUGUGCGGGAUGGCUGCCGGCGGCUGCCUCCUUCUCCUCCUUUUGCCCUCGCUGCUCACAGCUUCACACAGCCCUCCUGGCUGUAAAAUCCGGAUUACUUCCAAGGGGCUGGACCUGGUGAAGCAGGAGGGGCUGCGCUUUGUAGAGCAGGAGCUGCAGAACAUCACAGUGUCGGACCUGCAUGGGAAUGAGGGGCAGUUCCAGUACAACAUCAGCCAGGUCAAGGUGACAGACCUGCAGCUGGCCUUUUCAGAUCUGAGCUUCCAGCCACAGCAGCACCUUGUCUUCAACAUCAACAAUGCUUCCAUUAGCCUACGUUUCCGCAGGCAGCUGCUCUACUGGUUCUUCUACGACAUUGGGUCCAUCAAUGCCUCUGCGGAUGGUGUCCACAUCUACACAGUGCUGCAGUUGGCCAAGGAUGAGGCUGGGCGCCUCAAGAUCUCCAAUAUGACCUGCAAUGCCUCCAUAGCGAGAAUGCACGCUGGCUUCUCCGGCACACUCAGGAAAGUUUAUGAGUUCCUGAGCACCUUUAUCGUCACAGGGAUGCGCUUCCUCCUCAGCCAGCAGGUACAGCUGAGCACAGAGAGGGGCUGUGGGAUGUUAGGGCUCAGCCCGUUGUGUGUGGGACAGGGCAGAGUUGUAUCCCACCCAUCUGCUGGGCCUUGUCCUGCCUCUGCAGCUCCUCAUCCAGUCCUGGGAGUGAUUCCCCUCAGCCUGGCUCCUUGCCUUGCAGAUCUGCCCAUCCCUGGAGCAUGCCAGCCUGGUGCUGCUGAACUCUUUGCUGGACACAGUGCCUGGUAUGUGUUGCCCUGGGAAAGGGACUGGAUCCCAUUCACUGUCGGGCAGACAGUGCUGGGCAUCAAGCUGCCAGGCAGCUCCAGGCUAAGUCACACCAGCACAUCUUCCUUGGCAGUGAGAAACUACGUGGAUGAGCAUAUUGGGAUUGACUACUCCCUCCUACGGGAUCCGUCCAUCACCACUGACACCCUUGAGCUCGACUUCAAGGGCAUGUUCUUCCCCCGGGUGAGAGAGGACCAGGAGCUGGAGAACCACGCGGUGGAGCCGGUGAUCAAAGAGACUGAACGCAUGGUCUAUGUUGCCUUCUCUGAGUACUUCUUCGACUCAGCCAUGCACUCAUACUUCCAGGCAGGAGUACUGACCAUAGAGCUCCAGGGGGAGAAGGUGCCCAAGGACCUGGAGGUUUUGCUGAGAGCCACAUUCUUUGGGACCAUCUUCAUGCUGAGCCCUUCUGUGGAUGCCCCGCUGCGGCUGGUGCUGCAGGUCUCUGCUCCCCCCCGCUGCACCAUCAAACCCUCGGGGACCUCAGUUUCUGUCUCUGCUUUCCUGAACAUCUCACUGGUGCCCCCGGAUCGCCCACCUGUCCAGCUCUCCAGCAUGGCCAUGGAAACCAAGCUGAGUGCCAAGGUGUUUCUGCAAGGGAAGGCCCUGCGUGUGCAGCUGGACCUACGACGGUUUCGCAUAUAUUCCAAGCAGUCAGCGCUGGAGUCGCUUGCGCUGUUCUCACUGCAGGCCCCACUGAAGACCCUGCUGCAGCUGACCAUCAUGCCCAUCAUUAACGAGAGGACAAAGAAGGGAGUGCAGAUCCCACUGCCUGAAGGCAUGGACUUCACCAGGGAGGUGGUCACCAAUCAUGCGGUAUGUGGUGCGAUAGGCACAGCCUGUGCCUCCAUGUCCUGCUGGGAAGGGCACUGUCACCUCCAGCCUUGCACUGACCCCUCUUCCCUCUGCAGGGAUUCCUCACAGUGGGAGCUGAUCUCCACUUCUCCAAGGGGCUGCGGGAGGUGAUUGAGAAAUACCGCCCAGUGCCAACCACUGCUGCCUACUCCAGCUCCCGGCCUGCAGAGCCCAGCCUGGACCCCAGCUCGCUCUAGCUCUCCUCCCUGGACCAAGGGCAGAUCCCGGGCUGGACCCGUAGACUGUAGGUAGGAAGCAGCUUCCCUGGUACCACCAGCACAUUGUCAGGGCGUCCAGGCCCUGGUUGGGCGCAGCAAGGUGGAGAGGGUGCUCUGGGAAUCCCUGCUGCAGCCCUGCUCAUUACACUAAUAAACCACCUGACUCCAACCACA